AUUACUUUGAUGAUAGAUUAUUGAUUAGUCAAAGAAGAUCUAAUGUAAUAAGUAAUAACCUAUGUAGCUUUGAUUUUGUUUCUAUACCCAUACCUAUAUGUUACAAUUAUUUUCACCUGUUAAGAGAUAUUUUAUUUUUUUCAAGAUAUUAAACAUAACUAUUGUCCUGUGGCACAAUAGGUAUGUUCUGAAAUAUGAAUGUGGUGUGUAUAAACUUUCACUGCUUUAAGCAUAGAAAAUAAUUGAUUAUGCUUGUAAAAUGUAAACUUAGAUUGACAUCUAUAACUUGAUGUAGUGAUGACAUUCAUAAUUUUUUAUUUUUUUUUAACAUAGAUCGAUUUCAGGGAAAUCAAAAGAGUUGGCAUUGAGGAUGGGUAAAAGUAAAACAAUUGAGUUAUCUGGAUUCCCUUGUUAUGAGACUGUAUAUGAUGUAAAGAGUUUCGUAGAGCACUAUACCGGUGAAGGAAGUGUGGUUGCUAUGAAGAUAAGAGAAGGCAAAGGCCAUGUUCGAAGAGCAUUUGCAAUUAUUCAAUUCACCACUGCUAAACAUGCUACGUAUAUGAUGACCUUGUCUAACAUAAGUUUGCCAACAUGGCGGUAUGGGGGCUACGAUUUAAAAGUUCGGGAAAUGGAAAGAGAUAUUGAUCCAAGACCAAUAGCAUUUUUGGAAAGUUUAGAUCAUGUGAAACUGCAUUUUGGCUGUCCGAUAUCAAAGGAAAGAUUCUCUGCAUUAUGGAGAGAUGUGGAUGUUAGUGUAGAAUUUGGGAUUGGAAUGAGAAAGUGGCAAUUCUCUAUGCGCCAUGACGAUAAGAUGUUCAAACUUGAGCUUUCAUAUGAGAACAUUUGGAAGAUUGAGCUGCAUCGACCACGGGGUAAAACUGCAAAGUAUCUAUUGAUUCAGUUAAUUGGUGCUCCUCGGGUUUUUGAGCUUGAUAUUCCCAAUUCAAUAAAUGUAUACGAUCCUUUUAUGGAUUAUUAUAAAGAUUUCCCCGACGAGCAAUGGAUCCGUUCCAUAGAUUUCACUCCUUGCAAUUGUAUUGGGCAGUCUUCGGCUUUAUGUCUAGAGCUUCCUAGUGACAGAGAUUUUCCAAAUUUUUGGGAAAACUUUGCUCAUUAUGAGGAAAUUGAGGGGCAAUACACUUUGGAGAGAGAAUUACCUUUUUCUUGCAAUCUGGAUGUUGUCCCCAUUGUUGCACCUCCUCAAGGCAUUCAUAUUCCAUUCGAGAUCUUGUUUAAAGUUAAUUCAUUGGUUCAGAAUGGGUGUCUUUCAGGUUCUGCUCUUGAUAAUGCUUUCUAUCAUCUAGUUGAUCCACUUAGAAUAAAUGUUGAAUUUAUCGAGCAUGCUUUAGAAAAGAUGUACUAUUCAAAGGAUUUUUGUUAUGAACCCGCAAGAUGGCUGAAAGAUCAGUACAGAAUGUACCUUCAAUCAAAUAAUCCGCCUCAGUCACCGACUAUAAAUUUGGAUAAUGGAUUGGUGUAUGUUCGCAGGGUUCAGAUAACACCUUGCAAAGUAUACUUUUGUGGUCCAGAGAUUAAUGUCUCGAAUCGUGUUCUCCGUCGUUUCCGUAAACAUAUCAACAACUUUCUACGUGUUUCAUUUGUUGAUGAGGAGUUGGAUAAACUGUAUUCAGCAGAUUUAUCUUCUCGCAUUUCUGAGAGUGGUAGAACUGAGAUAUACUAUAGAAUUCUUUCCAUAAUUAAAAAUGGCAUAGUUAUUGGUAAUAAGAAGUUUGAAUUUCUAGCUUUCUCAUCAAGUCAGUUGCGUGAAAAUUCGCUAUGGAUGUUUGCUCCUACAACAACUGGACUUAGACUUACCGCCGAUAGCAUAAGGUUUUGGAUGGGAGAUUUUAGCCAGAUAAAAAAUGUAGCCAAGUAUGCUGCUAGGCUCGGACUCUCUUUUGGUUCAUCUACCGAAGCUCUAGACAUCAGCAGGGACGAAUAUGAAAUAAUUCCUGACGUGAAAGUUAAACAUGGUGCAAUCGAAUAUGUCUUCUCUGAUGGAAUUGGGAAAAUAUCUCUUGAACUUGCCAGGACAGUGGCUAAAGCAUGUGAUUAUGAUUCUAUGCCAUCUGCCUUUCAGAUUCGGUAUCGUGGAUUCAAAGGAGUUGUGGCUGUUGAUCCAACCUCAUCUGUGAAGUUGUCACUGAGGAUGAGCAUGCGCAAGUAUGAUUCAGUUAACGCAGAUUUGGAUGUUUUGGCAUGUAGUAAGUUCCAGCCUUGUUAUCUGAAUCGGCAGUUGAUUACUCUCUUAUCCACUCUCGAUGUCAAGGACAGUGUUUUCGAAAAAAAACAGAGAAAAGUUGUUAAUCAACUGAACACAAUACUAACUGAUUCAAUGAAGGCACACGAGGUUUUGGACUUGAUGUUUUCUGGAGAGGUCGCUAAUAUUCUGAAGGAUAUGCUUAUUUGUGGCUACAAGCCUAAUAUAGAACCAUUUCUUUCAAUGAUGCUCCAGACAUUUAGGGCAUCAAAGUUGUUAGAAUUGCGACAAAGAACUAGGAUAUUUAUUCCGAAAGGAAGAGCAAUGAUGGGUGUUCUAGAUGAAACUAGAACCCUAGAAUAUGGUGAAGUUUUUGUUCAAUAUUCUCACAAAAGGCACAGCUGUCUUUCUCAUGUUGUGAAAGGUGAGGUAGUAGUAGCAAAAAAUCCCUGCUUGCACCCGGGUGAUGUGCGUGUUUUGAAGGCUGUGGACGUGCCUGCUUUGCGCCACAUGGUGGAUUGUGUUGUUUUCCCUCAAAAAGGUCACAGGCCGCAUCCAAAUGAAUGUUCCGGAAGUGAUCUUGACGGGGACAUCUACUUUGUUUGUUGGGAUCCUGAAUUGAUUCCACCUAGAACAAUUGAACCAAUGGAGUAUAAUUCUGCCCAAUCGACUCUAUUGAAUCAUGAUGUGGAGAUUGAGGAGGUGGAGGAGUAUUUUACCAAUUACAUGCUCAAUGACAGUCUUGGAAUAAUUUCCAAUGCACACACUGUCUUUGCAGAUAAAGAACCUGCUAAAGCAAUGUCUGAGCCAUGUAUUGAACUUGCAAAGCUAUUCUCAAUAGCAGUUGAUUUUCCAAAAACCGGUAUCCCAGCAGUUAUACCCCCUCAUCUUUUCGCCAAAGAAUAUCCAGACUUCAUGGAAAAGCCUGACAAAACCACCUACAAAUCAAAGAAUGUAAUAGGAAAACUUUUUAGGGAAAUUCAAGGUAUUUCAACUGAGGGUGGUUCUCUUACAUCCUUUACACUUGAAGUGGCUAAGGAGUCAUAUGAUUCGGAUAUGGAAUUCGAGGGCUUUAUGGAUUAUGUCGACGAUGCCUUCUAUCACAAAACCAAUUAUGACUACAAGUUGGGAAAUCUGAUGGACUACUAUGGUAUCAAAACUGAAUCAGAAAUCCUAAGUGGGAAUAUUAUGAAAAUGUCGAAAUCUUUCACCAAAAGAAGGGAUGCAGAUGCGAUUACUAUGGCUGUAAGGUCCCUAAGGAAAGAGGCGAGGAGUUGGUUCAAUGACGGUGCGGCUGAUGUAGAUGCUGGGAGUGAUGAUGCUUAUGCAAAAGCUUCUGCUUGGUACUAUGUUUCUUACCAUCAUAGUUACUAUGGUUUGUACAAUGAAGGUAUGAAAAGGGACCAUUUUCUAAGCUUUCCAUGGUGUGUUUACCAUCUGCUUGUCCAAAUCAAGAAGGAGAAAGCCAGGAUGAGGAUGCAUUCGAGCAUGGAACAAAGUUUCAGUCGCAGGUUGCGUCUCGACUGACAAAUCUACUUAUAGUUAUUGAACUUUGCAUGUAGAUAUUUAUGGUAAUGUCACGAUAUGUAAUGCUGAUAAUACAUAUCUAGAUGGCAUAGACUCUCCAUUAUGCUAGUUUCUUCAUUGCACCGCUAUGUUUGACAUUUCCAAUUUCAACAAGAUCAUGUUUCCAUUGAUGCAUCAA